AUGGCCUCCGGCACCUACACCACGCCCUUGACGGGCCGCUGGAGCUCUUCCGAGAUGUCGCACCUCUUCUCCAAGGAGAAUCGUCAUUCAACUUGGCGCAAACUCUGGCUCUACCUUGCAGAGUCUGAGAAGGAGCUCGGCGUCGAGGGCAUCACUGAUGAAGCAUUGACUCAGAUGCGAGAGCAUUUGACUCUCACCGAGAAGGACUUUGCUGUCGCUGCUGUUGAGGAGAAGCUGAGGAGGCACGAUGUCAUGGCCCACGUUCACGCUUUCGGUCAAGUUGCCCCUGCCGCUGCAGGAAUCAUUCACUACGGAGCAACUAGCUGCUACGUGACUGACAACGCUGAGCUUCUGUUGAUGCGCGAUGCUCUGGAUCUUCUCAUUCCCAAGCUCGCCAAGGUCAUUUCCAACCUCCGUUCCUUUGCCCUGAAGUGGAAGUCCGAGCCAGCACUUGCCUACACGCACCUUCAGCCUGCCCAGCUCAUCACUGUCGGCAAACGCGCUGCUCAUUGGGCCCAGGAUCUGCUUUUCGACCUCGAGGACCUCGAGCGCGUGCGUGAGCGUCUGCUACUUCGCGGUGCUCAGGGUACUACAGGAACGCAAGCUUCUUUCUUGGAAAUCUUCAAGGGAGACGGCGACAAGUGCGAUCAACUCAACGAGCUGCUGUGCAAGAAGACUGGAUUCCCGUCUUGCUACCCAGUCUCUUCCCAGACGUACACUAGGAAGGUUGAUUUGAUCGUCGCAAACGCAGUCUGCGGCCUUGGUUCGAGUGCAAAGAAGAUCACCGGCGACAUCCGUAACCUGGCGAGCUACAAGGAACUUGAGGAGCCUUUCGAGUCCACCCAGAUCGGCUCAUCGGCCAUGGCCUACAAGCGCAACCCCAUGCGUUCGGAGCGCGUCGCCAGCUUGUCGCGCGCACUCCUGGGCAAGCACGCAGCCUUUGCUCAGACACACGCGGACCAAGGUUUUGAGCGCACCCUCGAUGACUCGGCCGUCCGUCGCAUGGAUAUUCCCGAGAUGUUCCUCCUCGCCGACGCGAUCCUGCUCUCGCUCGACAAUGUGACUUCUGGUCUUGUCGUAUAUCCCAAGCGCAUUGAUGCACGCAUUCAGGCCGAGCUCCCCUUCAUGAUCACCGAGUCUAUCAUCAUGCGCCUUGUUGCAAAGGGAGCUUCCCGCCAAGACGCCCACGAAGAAAUCCGCGUGCUGUCGCACGAAGCAGGUUACCAGGUCAAGAAUGAAGGCCAGGCCAACGAUCUUGUCGAGCGCAUCCGCAAGACUGAGUUCUUCAAGCCUAUUUGGGGCGAGCUCGAUGAGAUGAUGGAUAGCAAGCUGUAUAUCGGACGCAGCGAGCGAAUUGUUGAGAAGGUGUGUGAUGACCUUGAAAAGCACUUGGCCAAGUACAAGAACUACAUCGAGAACACCAAGACCAGUGAGUUGCAUGUCUGA